AUGUCAGAUUCUAAUCAAAAGAAUAAUGAAUUUGCUGGGAAAUGGAGACAAACUAGAGCAUGUGCAAGAUGUAGAAGAUUAAAAAUGAAAUGUUCAUUUACUGAUCCUAGUUUUACAUCAUGUGUUCGAUGUUUUAAUUCAAAAAUUGAAUGUUCAUUUGAUAAUGAUCCAAGUGAUCAAAUUAAAACAAAUCGUCGGAAAAAAAAGAGAAAAUCAAGUCCUGGAAAUGAUAUAAUAGAUAAUAAUGAUGAUAAUAACAAUAAGAAAUUAAAAUUAAAUGAUUGUACUACUGGAGAACUGUUAUUGGAAAUAUCUGAAACUUCAUUAAAAUUAUUUCAUGAAUUAAAACAAGAAUUACCUAAAGAUUCAAUUAAUAAAUUAAUUAAUAAUUAUUCAUUAAUUUUAGAAACAUUAAAUCAAACAAGAUAUAAUCAAGAGAAACAAUUAUUAGAUGAUGAAUAUCCUAUUAUUCCAUUUCUGAAAAAUUUAAUUAAAGAAUUAAUAUUUCGAUAUAAUUAUUUAACUUAUGAAGAAACCAAAUUAAGAUUUGAAUUUUUCAUGAAUCAAAUGCUACCCCAUUUUCCUAUAAUUCCAUUAUGUAAAAAAUUUAAAAAAUUUGAAUAUUUAUUUGAAAAUCAUCCAAUUUUAUUAGUAUCUUGUAUUUCAGUAACAGCUGUUAAUGAUAAUAAUUUAGGUAUGACAGAUUUCACCAGGAAUAAUUUACAAUUAUGUAAUUUAUUAAGUCAUUAUUUGUAUUCAUUUAUUGCCCAUGAAGUUUAUGUUAAAUGUGAUGAUUUUAGUAUACCUUUGUUAUAUUCAUGUUUAAUAGUAUCAUCAUGGUGUGUACCACCAGCACAAAUGGGACAUUUUAGAAAUCAAUUGAAUGCAUUGACAGCAUCGAAUGUUGCAUUAUGUAUGGGGAUGAAUGAUAUUCAAAAAAAUCAACAAAGUAUGUCAAUUGAAGAUGAUAGUGAAUUAAGACAAAAAUUACGACUGUUGUUGGGAGUUUAUUGUACUUGUGGAGCAUUAGAAUUAUCUUUAAGAAGAUUUAAAAUUGUAUCAUGGAGUAAUGAAACAGAAAUUGCAUUUGAUUUAUUAUUAAAAGAAUCAAAUGAUUUACCAACCAUUGAAGAUCGAUAUAUUUGUUAUUUAGCUAAAUUAAUUUCCAUUGGUCAUGAUGCAGUUGAAUUUUUAAAUCAAUUUGAUUCAAAUAAUACCACUACUAAUAAUCAAAAGAAGACAUCAUUUUCAUUAACAAAUAUAAAUUUUGUACUUAAGAAUUAUGAAGUUAAAUUAAUACAAGUUGUUAAUCAAAGUGGAUUUAUUAAUAAUUUAGUAUUUAAGAUUCAUUAUAUUCAUUUAUUAAUAGUUAUUCAUGAUAAUUUAAUUUCAGGAAUUUUAAACAUUCUUGAUAUUGAAGCCAAAUCAUCCGAAUCAUCAUCAUCAUCAUCAUCUAAUACUUCCAAUGAAAUACAUGAAAAUUUCCUUGAAAAAUCUCAAGAAAAGGAAUUAUUUCUUGAAUUUAUAGUUAAAUUAAUAACCAAUUGUGAAUUAUUAAUUGAUGAAUUUGUUAAUCUUAAUGAAUCUACAAAAAAUUUCCCCACAGUAUUAUAUUUCCGUCCAUUACAUGCCCUUAUAUUAUUAGUUAGAUUAAGAUUGGUUUUAAAAUCUCAAAAAAUUAAUGAUUUAAAUAUCAACGUGGAACAAUUUUUCAAUAUUGUUGGGAAAGUAGUUGAUAAGAAUUUAGCACAAAAUUCAUUGGUUUGUUCACAAAUGAAAGUUAUUUUAAAUAAAAUUGAAAAAUGGUUGAUUAUAUCUCAAAAAUAUGAAGCUACUACUGGUGAUAAUACUAAUAAUACUACUACUACUAAUAAUAAUAGUAAUGGUAAUAGUUAUAGUGAAAAGAGUGAUAAGAAUAAUGGAAAAAUUAAGAAAUCUGAUGAUGUGGUUGAAAUUAUAAAGUUUAAUCGAGAUAAAGAGAUUGAAAAUUUAGAUAUACCAAAAUUAGAUGAUACAGAUGAUGAUGAUGAACCAGAUGGAGAGGAGGAGAAAGUUAAUGAACAGGUACACCAAUUAUCUAAUCCAUUUGUUACUACUAACAAUGAUACUGCGACUACUUCUACUACUACUACAGAUAAUAAUAAUCCAAUGGUUGAUUCAUUUAAUGGAAUUGAUGAAGGAAUUAAUUUAGAACAAAUAUUUGAAGGUAUUGAUUUUGAUAUUUUGCAUUUCUUGAAUCCAUUAGAAUAUAAUUUACAUUUAGGUUUUAAUCUAUAG